ACACUUACAUCAAGAACUGGUUAAAGAUUGACUCUUGUUACUAUUUAUCGACUAAUCUCUGCUUUCCCUGCUUCAGGGCAAACUUGAAUAUCCACCCACCGCUGAAUGUACUUCCGCACGUGCCCGGUGCACAAUAGAGAUGAAAACGCUUGUUCGACAGAGCAGCAAUACAAGCACAGACACUUAUAAUAGUUGCAUGACCCAUCCUCCCAUGAGUCCAUGCGGUAGGGCAGUUCCGGUUCCGGUCUACUCCAACCUUCACAUCAAUCCGCUGAAGUCCUCGCCGGAAGUCUGUGCAUGUUGUAAUUCUUCGGAUAUGAAUGAUCUGACAGGGUUAUCCACCCCUGAUGAUUCUUCCUUUCUAUCAGAUAAAGUCUUAAACGAUAAACCUUCUGAUCAAAUCAUUCAAAAAUUAGAUGGGAGAUUUACUACCACUUGGCAAAGAGUCAAUUCUCCCCAACAUGUCUUACAGCCGGAGGUGGAUGAUGGUUGCGGAUUCGCCAUGCGCAGGAACAUUGAACCACAACGGCAACAUCGAGCCAGCCUAAAGAGACACAAAUCCGAAUCAAGUGAGCGACAUCCACAGUUUAGUGAUAUCAAAGAAAGGUCGUACAUGUCUUUUGAUAAUCUACAUGUGGAUGGUUCUACAAAGUCAAAAAGUGCAAAAUUCCGAAAAGCAGUUUCCUUGGCGACCAGACUACAUUCCAGCCCAUCUACCGGACGGAAACUAGCCAACUACCAUCUCAUCGCAAACCCGCAAUCAGAGAGAUUUGGCUCACCAGGCAUGUCUCCAUGCGGAAUGCGAAAGGUCACCGCCCACUCAAGCCCAUCUCUUUUAGGUCCUCCUCCUUCAAAGAAAAAAUCAAUUUUGAAAAAAGAUAUAACCGGUGCAGAAGAUACAGAAAAUCUCCUAUCGUCCCAUGCACGGGACCAGGAACUCACUACAAGUGGGAGGCAUGCGUUUGAUGAUAUUUCCUGUCUAAGACAUGAUGUGUAUCAGGGAUACAUUCCGAACACACGUGAUACAGGCGUCAUGUCGCGGGGCGUCUAUAGUGACGGCAAUCUACCUCCAAAUCGUGUGUAUACGUCAUCAGAAUGUGUGCUCCCGCAAGUACAUUCACCAGUAUACUCACCACAAGACAAUGUUGAAGAUUUUAGUUUUGCAGACACGCACGGUCGAAUUGAAGACGACUUUGAUUUAAGUGAUAGUGUAGGUAACCCUAAUAAAAUGAAUAUUUGGAAGCAUAGCCAAUGUCAAAAUGUUCCAUGGCAAAACGAUACCAGCCCAUCUGAUAACUUCGAUAUCGACGAAAGUUUGUUGAGUUCGAAUUCCAUUGGUCGAUCACAAUCAGACGCUAGUCUUUCGUCUCCUAAUCUGCUGAGGUUAUCGCCACUUCAGAAUUCAGAUUUGUCAGAUAUGAAAAGCGGAAGUGAUCACUUCAAUCAUGAUUACAGUAAAGACGACGAGUCGGACAAGGACGAACAGAAAGGUAUCCAGAUAGACUCUUUAAUGAACAACGCAAACACUCGACAAUCCUCGGACGGGACCUCUAACCCAUACACCUCUCCGGAGGCUAGUGGAUGAGACGAAACAGGUAUACGAUACCGAGACCCUGCUGAUUAUGAAUGACAUAUACAUGGGAUAUAAAAAUAUAUGGCUUCCAUAAGUAUAAUUAAUGCGAACAGGCGUGAUUCUGUAAAACAAAACAGUCAUUACCAAAUGGUAUGAGGUUUGAAAAUGCAAACAAGUGCUACACGACGUUAAAAAGAUAGUAGGAAUACUUGUUAAAAACAAGAUAUAGAUACAGAUAUAUUACUUAUGACGUCAAAGUGCCAGUGACGUCAUUGUGCUCAAUACUUAUAUAUAUA